AUGGAAGACGAUCGGGCCCAGGCCGACCUCGGCGAGGCGAUAGAUGCUGAGCUUGGUGCAGGGAAACAGGAAAAGCAAAAAUAUCCAAGGAAACGGUUCAUUGGGAGAAAAGAAGCAGCAGAACGAGCGGAGAAGAGGGGCGAUGCGAAUGGGACCAUCGAAGACAGUGGGGCUAUUCAGGUCGCACAACCAAGAAAGACGGCCAGAGCGCUCAACCAAGUUCCUUCAGAAAUACUAAACGAUCUAGAAAUCAACGAUGCCAUAUCUCUUCUACCUCCGAAUUACUCCUUCGAAAUACACAAGACAAUACAUCGAAUACGCACAUCUUGUUCCAAGAAGAUAGCCUUACAAUUUCCAGAAGGCCUACUGCUAUUCGCUACCACCAUCUCAGACAUCCUUACCCGAUUCUGCCCAGGGACCGAGACGCUCAUCAUGGGCGAUGUGACGUAUGGAGCAUGUUGCAUAGACGACUAUACUGCUCGAGCCCUUGGAUGUGAUAUUCUGAUACACUACGCGCAUAGCUGUCUCAUACCAGUGGACAUCACAAAGAUCAAGACUCUCUACGUCUUUGUUGAUAUAAGCAUAGACACAUCCCAUCUCUUAGCGACCCUAGAGCGGAAUUUUCAGCCAGGCAAGACCAUCGCCAUGGUAGGGACUAUCCAAUUCAAUGCCACUCUCCACACUGUGAAGCCCGUCCUCGAGCGCGCCGGCUUUAAGGUCUUGAUUCCACAAAUCACGCCACUCAGCAGAGGCGAGAUUCUUGGCUGCACUUCGCCACGUCUUUCGACCCAUCAAGCGGACCUCAUCGUCUACCUGGGAGAUGGCCGCUUCCAUCUCGAGUCUGCCAUGAUUCACAACCCCUCGUUGCCCGCCUAUCGCUAUGAUCCUUAUUCACGAAAGCUCACUCGCGAAACGUACGAUCAUGAGGAGAUGCAUGAUCUACGCCGACAAGCCAUCAAGUCGGCCAAAAAGGCCAAGAAAUGGGGUCUCAUACUCGGCUCUCUCGGUCGUCAAGGAAAUCCCCACACUAUGACUAUGAUCGAACAUACCCUUGAUGAGCGUGGAAUUCCAUUUAUAAACCUGCUGCUGAGCGAAAUCUUCCCAGGGAAGCUGGCGAUGAUGAACGAUGUCGAUUGCUGGGUGCAAAUAGCUUGCCCCAGACUGAGCAUUGACUGGGGCUACGCUUUCCCCAAGCCGUUGCUCACGCCUUACGAAGCACUCGUUGCUUUGGAGGCAAGGGAGGAUUGGGGCCAUGGUAAUCAAGGUGUUUAUCCUAUGGACUUCUACGCUAAAGAUGGCUUGGGAAGAACGAAGGAGGGCGACGUUGGGCCAAUGGUCGCUGCUGAGGCUUGA